UGGCUGUCUUGUCCUCUCCGUUAUCCUGGAAUGCGCUGUUCGGGUUGGAAUGGUCUCCUCCCUCCUCCACUGUCUCUCCCCGCACUGGAGCUGAAAGCAGUCGGCAACUAUUACUGAUGGUUUUUUCUCUCCCCCCUCGACAUUUCCAUGGUUACUGUCCAGUCUAAGGUCUGAUAAGCAGAGAGGAGCCGAGCCGUGUGUGUGAGAAUGGAGCUGGACGAAAAGAAGCCGGACAGCAAAUACGGGGAGUCCAGGAAGUUCGAUCCGAGCUUCAAAGGGCCGAUCCACGACAGGGGCUGCACAGAUGUCCUCUGCUGUAUUCUCUUCAUAUUGGCCCUGUUGGGAUACUUCGCUGUGGGUAUCCUCGCCUGGUCCCAGGGUGACCCCAGGAAAGUGAUCUACCCCACAGACAGCAGGGGGCAGUUCUGUGGACAAGCUGGAACACCUCUGGAGAAGAAGCCUCUUCUGCUCUACUUCAACAUACUGAAAUGUGCCAGUCCCCUGGUGCUGCUGGAGUUCCAGUGUCCCACCACACAGUUAUGUGUGGAAAGCUGUCCUGACAGGCAUCUCACCUUGGUGAAAGCCAAGUUAGGAAGCAAAGAAGACCAUGAAUACUACAAACAGUUCUGCAAGGACGGAGUGGACUUUGCUAAAUUGAGUCCUCCUGAGAUCCUGAGGGAUGGCUUGUGUCCAGCAUUGUUGAUGCCCAGUAAAGCCUUCACACGUCGCUGCCUUCCGGCCUUGGGAACGAUGAAAGGUGGGGUGGUGGUGGUGGGCAAUGAGACCACUUUCGAUUCUGGACAGGGCGUCAAUAUCAACGCCACUGACGUGUUGGAGGCUUCAAAGAAGUCAAAUGUGGCCGUUGAAGCUCGCCAGGUGGCCAUGAGGAUCUUUGAAGACUACACUCAGUCUUGGCAUUGGAUAUUGCUCGGUCUGGUGAUUGCCAUGUUAGUCAGCUUGAUUUUCAUCGUCCUGCUGCGAUUCUUGGCCGGCGUCAUGGUCUGGAUCAUGAUUGUUUUGGUUAUUCUAGUAAUUGGAUACGGUAUUUUCCACUGUUACAUGGAAUUUGCAAGUCUGAAGGGAGAGCCUGGUGCCGACGUCACCAUCCGUGACCUGGGCCUGCAGACCGACUUCUCUGUCUACUUGCAGAUCAGACAGACGUGGCUGGCCUUCAUGAUCAUCCUGGCUAUCGUGGAAUUCAUCAUCAUCCUGCUACUCAUCUUCCUCAGGAAGAGAAUCCUAAUCGCGAUCGCUCUCAUCAAAGAGGCCAGCAGAGCCGUUGGCCAUGUGAUGUCCUCUCUUUUCUACCCACUGCUGACCUUUGCCCUCCUGGCCGUGGUGAUCGCCUACUGGGCCGUCACUGCUGUUUUCUUGUCCACCUCUAACGAGCAGGUGUACAAGGUGUUCAACAACUCUGAGUGCGAGUACUCACGGGAGACCUGCGACCCCAAGACGUUCAACACCUCCAACGCCUCUGCCCAGUGUCCAGAUGCAGAGUGCCUGUUUGCCUUCUACGGAGGUGAGAGCAUCUACCACAAGUACCUCAUCCUGUUCCAGUUCUACAACGUCUUCCUGUUCUUCUGGUGCGCCAACUUUGUGACGGCCCUGGGCCAGGUCACUCUGUCGGGGGCCUUCGCAUCAUAUUACUGGGCCUUCAAGAAGCCCGAUCAUAUUCCCGCCUACCCAAUCUUCGCCUCACUAGGACGCGCCCUAAGGUACCACGCCGGCUCCCUGGCUUUCGGCUCCCUCAUCCUGUCUGUGGUUCAGGUUAUCAGGGUCAUUCUGGAGUAUCUGGACCAAAAGUUGAAAGGUGCACAGAACAAAUUUGCUAAAUUCCUGCUAAGCUGCAUGAAGUGCUGCUUCUGGUGCCUGGAGAAGUGCAUCAAGUUCCUGAACAGAAAUGCCUACAUCAUGAUUGCCAUCUAUGGAAAAAGUUUCUGUCCUUCAGCCCGAGACGCCUUCUUCCUUCUCAUGAGGAACAUCCUCCGAGUGGCUGUGUUAGACAAAGUGACCGACUUCCUGCUGUUUCUUGGGAAGCUCCUCAUUGUUGGCAUUGUUGGGAUCUUCUCUUUCUUCUUCUUCUCUGGAAGAAUCAAAGCAGUAGAGGAUGCUGCUCCAUCUCUGAACUAUUACUGGGUGCCAAUAAUGACAGUGGUAGUGGGAUCCUACCUCAUCGCCCACGGUUUCUUCAGUGUGUACGCCAUGUGUGUGGACACACUCUUCCUCUGCUUCUGUGAGGACCUGGAAAGAAACGACGGCUCGUCCGACAGGCCUUACUUCAUGUCCCCCGAGCUGCACGAGAUCCUCUCCAAAACAAAGAGAGAGGAGGACGAGGACCAGGCAGACUCCGCAAAGCAAGCGGAGGAGGUGACGCUGGAGGAGGAAACGCCUCUUCAGCAGCAGCAAGAUGGAGAGAUCCAGCUGACACAGCAGACGGUCCUCAAGCAGGAAAACGAAGAGGAGCAGCCGCUACAGUCAAAGACAGAUGUUGAUGAGCCGAAAGAGGAGAAGAGCGAGGAACCGGCAAUAAGUCCAGCAGAGGAGGCUGAGAAGAAGGAAGAGGUGAAGGAAGCGGCAGAGUUAAAACAGGAAGAAAAGACGGAGGAGGUGACCCCUGAGAAAGAGGAGACUGGUGAAAAGAAAGAGGAGGAGGAGGAAUCGAAGGACAAAAAUCCUCCCUCUGCACCACUGGAGUAGAAGUCAGCAGUAAUGUUGUGGCAUCAAAAAAAAGAAGAAGCUAGGCUCGGUAAACCUCAUAAAAGCAUAAAGAAUGAAAUAACUGUUCCCUGCAAAUUUGUGAUACGGACCUGAUCAAUGUACGGCAUAGAACAAGCUAAAUUUCACAUGGCCUUGCUUGUGUGUGAGCGAUGUGGCGUCCAGGUGAAGAAGGUCAAAGCAGGUCAAAAAGCCCAGUGCAUCUCUGUAGCUUGAAAAAAAAGAAAAAAAACGCUCUCUCGUGUUGAAUUUUAGAACCGUGUUGGUUUUUAUAUCGUGACGAUCUGUAGAAUGUUGUGAGUGCUGAACCCGUGCCUGAUCUCUGUCACUGAUCUCUGUCGUCUUGAGCCCGUUAACGAACGCACUACCGCGUACAGUCGGACCAAACCAAUACAUCUCGACCGACAGGUGAAUCGCUUUCACUGUUUACAAUCAUACCAGCUGAUGCCAAAACCUUACAGACACAUUUGAUAUGCUGUAUGAAUAUUGGAUCUUUUUUUUCUCUGUGUGUAUAUAUAUAUAUACAUAUACAUAUAUAUAUAUAUAUAUAUAUAUAUAUAUAUAUAUAUAUAUAUAUAUAUAUAUAUAUAUAUAUAUAUAUGUAUAUACAUAUACAUAUAUAUAUACACAGUGGUGUAUGCCUAUGAUGUAUUUUUGUUGGCUUCAGUCUUGUAGAGAUCCUCACCAAGAUGGGUUCCUGUGUAUUGUUAUUACCAUCUACCUGCCUUGGUAUUUCUUGGACUGGCGUUAAGUGCUGUGGCUGUGUCGCCAUGACAACCUCUCAGACUCUUUGGACCCCCCCCCCCCCGCCCGGCCCCCUCGUUGUUUACUAACCACAACUACCUGGCUCUGUCCCUAUCCUCACUCUCUGUCUCUCUAAGUGCUGCAUGGUGUUGACAUGGCCUUCUGAAUGCUCGCAAACUAACAUACUUUAAGUAUCUGGAUGCUUUUGUAACUUUUCUCUUGAUCGUCAACUUGUUGAGAUGUUUUCCACGGAAAUUACUGAUGACAUUCCAUAUUUAUUGGCUGUGAAUCUUGAUUAAAGGUGAUUAUAUUAUAACCAUA